AUAAACUUUCUGAAAAGAAAACGUUUUCUUUUCCCCAACAUGGCCAGGCCUCAACAGCGUUACCGAGGUGUCCGACAAAGGCAUUGGGGUUCUUGGGUCUCUGAGAUUCGCCACCCUAUAUUGAAAACUAGGAUAUGGCUUGGUACUUUUGAGACAGCUGAGGAUGCUGCUAGAGCCUAUGAUGAAGCAGCUAGACUAAUGUGUGGUGUGAGGACGAGAACAAACUUCCCUUUCAACCCCAAUGUGUCUUCUCAGUCAUCAUCAUCUUCUUCAAAGCUUCUCUCAGCAACUUUGACUGCUAAACUUCACAAGUGCUAUAUUGCUUCUUUGCAAAUGAUUAGGCAAAAGUUACCAGAGCCUCAGAGAGUAGCUUCAGUUCCAAAUGUCAUCACCACCACAACCACCAGCAACUUCAAUGUGAAUAGUAGGGAAACUGAUACUGUGUUGUCACAUAAGAGACCAAAGCAGGAACAAGAACUAGAGGAUAACAUGGUGUUCAAGAAGGUUACAUCUGUGGACAGUGCUCCUCAACAGUUCAAGCCUCUUGAAGAAGAUCAUAUAGAGCAAAUGAUUGAGGAGCUUCUUGAUUAUGGGUCUAUUGAGCUCUGUUGUCAUUCUAAUUCAGGGUCUUUAAUUGAUGCACAAGCAAUGCCACAACACCCAAGAUGUUAG